AUGACCCGAGCCGAAAUCAAGAGUCAGACACUCAACUGACUGAGCCACCCAGGCGCCCCUAAAAAACUUUUAAUAUUUCUGCAAGGCAGGUCUACUGGCAACAAAUUCCCUCAAUUUUUGUUUAUCUGAGAGAGUCUAUUUCUCCUUCACUUUUGAAGGAUAAUUUUGUAGGGUACAGGAUUCUAGGUUGGUGGGUUUUUCUCUCAACACUAAAAUAUUUCACUCUCAUCUUGCUGGCAUGAUUUCUGGGAAGUUGGAUGUAAUUCUUGUCUUUGUUCUUUUAUAGGUAAGGUAGUUUUUUCCUCUGAAAUUCUAUCAGGAUUUUUUCUUUACCUUUCAUUUUCUGAAAGUUUGAAACAAUAUGCUUAGGUGUAGUCUUUUGAGUAUUUAUCCAGGUUGGUGUUCUCUAAGGUUCCUGGAUCUAUGGUUUAGUGUCUGACAUUUGGGGAAAUUCUCAGUCAUUGAUGUUUCAAAUAUUUCUUCUGUUCCUUUCUCUCUUCUUCUGGUAUUCUCACUAUGCAUAUGUUAAUCGUUUGUAGUCAGCCCACAGGCCUUGGAUAUUCUUUUCUUUAUUUCAGUUGUUGUUCUUUUUGCUUUUGGUUUUCUAGGAUUCUAUUGACAUAACCUUUAGUUCAGAGAUUCUUUUUUCAGUCAUAUCCAAUUUACUAACUAGCCCAGUUUUCUACAGUGUUUUUUUUUUAUCUCUAGCAUUUAUUUUUGGUUCUUUCUUAGGAUUUCCACUUCUCUGCUUAUAUUGCUCAUUUGUUCUUUUCUUUCUUUCUCUCUUUUUAAAAACUGCAGUAUAAUCAACAUAUAACAUUAUGUUAGUUUUAGGUGUACAACAUAAUGAUUUGAAAUUUGUAUAUAUUGCAAAACAAUCACCACAGUAAGUCUGGUUAAUAUAUAUUACCACAAGUAUUUUUUUUCUUCUGAUGAUAACUUAAGAUUUACUCUUUUAGCAAAUUUCAAAUAUUAUUAACUAUAGUCACCAUGCUGUACAUUACAUCUCCAUGACUUACAUAACUGCAAUAUUGUACCUUUUGACCUCCUUUACCCAUUUUAGCCACCUCCUCCCAGUCCCCACCUCAGGAACCACCUAUCUGUCCUCUGUAUCUAUGAGCUUGGCUUUUGUCAUUGUUAUUUUGUUUUGUCUUUUUUUUUUUUUUUUGGUUCCACAAAGAAAUGAAAGCAUACAGUAUUUGUCUUUCUGUGUCUUAUUUAUUUCACUUGACAUAAUACCCUCAAGGUCCAUCCAUAGUGUCACAAAUGUCAAGAUUUCAUUCUGAAUGAUAUUCCAUUGUAUGUAUGUUUAUAAACCACAUUUUCUUUUUUUACGUUUAUUUAUUUUGAGAGAGCAUGAGUAAGGGAAGUGCAGAGAGAGAGGGAGACAGAAUUUGAAGCAGGCUCCAGGCUCUGAGCUGUCAGCAAAGAGCCUGACGUGGGGCUCGAGCUCAUGGACCGUGAGAUCAUGACCUGAGUCAAAGUCAGACGCUUAACUGACUGAGCCACCCAGGUGCCUCUACACCACAUUUUCUUUUUGAUUCAUCCAUCAGUGGACACAUAGGUUGCUUCCAUAUCUUGGCUAUUGUAAAUAAUGCUUCUAUGAACAUGGAGGUACAUACAUCUUUUCAAGUUAGUGUUUGCCCAUUUGUUCUUGCAUACUGCCUACAUUAUCCAUCAGAGCCCUUCUCAUACUCAUCGUAGUUGUUUUAAAUUCCCAGUCUGAUAAUUCUAACAUCGCUGCCAUUUCUGGUUCUGAUGCUCACUCAUGUUAUUCAAAUUGUGUUUUUUGCCUUUUGGUAUGUCUUGUAAUUUUUUUUUUUUUUUUGAUAGCCAGACAUGAUGCACUGAGUAAAAAGAACUGCUUUAUAUAGGCCUUUAGUGAUGUGACAAUGAGGUGUCAGGAGAGAGGAAACAUUCUAUAGUCCUAUGAUUACAUCUUGGUCUUUUAGUGAGCCCAUGCCUCUGGACUGUGAACUGUAAAAGUAUUUCUUACUCUCCUCCAUUAGGUGGGACAAGAUGGCUGGAGUGGGCUGGAGUUGGGUGUUUCCCUUCCCUAAGAUCUGUUAGGCUCUGAUCUAACCCCAACAGGUUGGGUUCUGGUUAACUAGUCCCCCCCCCCCAGGGCAGGCCUUGUUAAGAACAGAGUGCUCUGGCAUAUUUCAAAAUGGCUUCUUUUUCUCUCCCCCUGCUGGAAGUAUAAGGGAUUUUUCUGGUAUUUACACUGGGAACUUGGUCAAACUCUUGGAAACAAAUCUCGUAAUAUUGUGGGGUCCUCCCUGUGACCGGAUCCCCCUGGAAUUUUACACUCUGAGUUAACUUGCCUGAUCCUCUAACAAUUCAUCAAUUACAGUUCAUGGUUUUGCACCCUGGCACCAGUUCGUUAGUGUUUUCUGUUUUCAGACCUUCUGCUUUGAUAACUCAUAACUCUGUAUAUUUGCCCGGCUGUCUUUCCAAUCUUGGCGACAGCAGUUUGCCCUGUGUCCCUCCCUCUCUUAUGGAUCCAAGAAGAGUUGCUUUUUCAGCCUGUUCAGCUUUUUCAUCAUUAGGAUGGAGUGGUGAAUUCCAAGUUCCUUACAUGUGGAACCAGAAGUUCUAAGACCAUGUUUGUAUAUGUUACCUAACUUAUUUAAGUAUAAUCAUAAUGACCACAUUUUAAAUGAAGUUCUAUGCUUAAGACUGAAAACUCAUGCUGUUCAGUUUUGUCAUCUGCCAGUUAUGCUGUUGUGCUAUUAAAUUUUUUUUUUUUACAAGAGCUUAAACAAAUGUAUGUUGUUUGAAUGCUAAAAUGUCAUUUCAUAUUGACCUUAAAUGCUGGUGAGUUUUCUUUUUAAUAUUGGCUUCCCUAGUGAUUUUAUGUCUUAAGCCAUAAAAUUCUAUUUCACAAGCUUGAAAUAUACUUUAUUUGAUGUUUGAGAUACAAAGAUAUUGUUAAACUGAAUAGAAAAUAAAGAAGAGUAUGGUCCUGGCAUAGGAAUAGACAUAAAGAUCAAUGGACUAGUAUUGAGAAUCAAGAAAUAAACACAUACAUUUAUGGUCAAUUGAUAUUCUACAAGGAUUGCAAGGCAAUUCAAUGGGUUAAAAAGUAACUUUUCCAACAAAUAACAUCAACUUGAUAUUCACAUGCAAAACAAUGAAAUUGCAUCCAUACCUCACACCAUAUAUGAAAGUUAGCUCAAAUGUAUCAAAGACCUAAAUAUAAAGCUAAAACUAUAAAACUCACAGAAGAAAACUAAUAGUAAAUCUUCAUAACCUUGGAUUAGAUAAUGGUUUCUUAGCUGUGACACCAUGAGUGUAAGCAAUUAAAAAAAUCAGUUGGAAUUCAUCAAAAUUAAAAACUUCUGUGCUUCAAAAGAUAUUAUUAAGAAAGUGAAAAUAACACACAGAAUGGGAGUAAAUAUUUGCAAAUUAUAUCUGAUAAGGAUCUAGUAGCCAGAAUAUAUAAAGAAGUCUUUUUUUUUUAAUGUUUAUUUAUUCUUGAGAGAGAGAGAGAGAGUGAGCAGGGAAAGGACAGAGAGAGAGGGAGACACAGAAUCUGAAGCAGGCUCCAAGCCUGAUGUGGGGCUCGAACUCACAAACUGAGAUCAUGACCUAAGCCGAAGUCAUACGCUUAACCCACCAAGCCACCCAGGCCCCCCUAUAAAGAAGUCUUAAAAUUCAACAACAAAUAAUGCAAUUGAAAAUGCAAAAUAGCCUCAGGAAGAAAAGAGUCUGGUCCUUCUACUUCCUCUUCAUCCCUAAAUGUAAACCUGCUGGUAAGCCUCUGCAUGGUGAUGAUUUUAGUCUCCUGUUUGUUAAAGGAGAUGGGCUGUGUUGGAGACUGGCAGAAUUCUGCAGGGUAAGGUUAAGUCUCUUGUGUCCCUCUUCACAUUAGCAAGAUGAAUCUUUUUUUUUUUUUUUAGUUGAUUUAUUUAUUUUUAGAGAAAGAGAGAGUGCACAUAGACUUGAGCACAGGGUGGGCAAAGGGAAAAGGAGAGAGAAUUCCAAGCAGGAUCCACACUGUCAGCACAGAGCCUGGUGUGGGACUCUAUCCCACGAACUGUAAGACCUGAGCUGAAAUCAGAAGUUGGAUGCUUAACUGACUGAGCCACCCAGGAGCCCCACAAGAUGAAUCUUUAACAGUCACUACAUGAGGUAAGGUGAUGUUUAUUUCUAUUCUUAGCUAUAUAAGCAUAAUUAGUGGCUUAAGUUAAAGGAUCUAAAUAAUUCCAAAAGACCUUAGAUCACUGGUCACAGUUCACUAAAAAAAGUUACUUAAAUUCAUUAUUUAGUAGCAAAUUGCUAACUGAUAUAUGAAAAUCUCUAGAUGUUUAACAAUCUUGAUUAAAAGGGUUUAAUCAUGGGGCACCUUGGGUGGCUCAAGUCAGUGGAGCAUCCGACUUUGACUCAGGUCAUGAUCUCACAGCUUGUGAUUUGAGCCCCAUAUCAGGAUCUGUGCUGACAGCUCGGAGCCUGGAGUCUGCUUCAGAUUCUGUCUCUGUCUCUCUGCCCCUCCCCCACUCACGCUCUGUCUCUCUUCCUCUCAAAAAUAAACCUUAAAAAAAAUUUUUUUAAAGGGUUUAAUCAUGCCUUUCUGAAUGUCAAAGUCCGUGAUUAUUAAACAGUCUCUGUGAAUAGGUUCUUUUGAAUGGUGAACCACCUGUGAAGAUUACUGAUGAUAGCUACUAGGAUUUAUUUAUAUAUAUUUAUUUUUAUUUACAGAACUCGAAUUUUUAAAGUAUCAUAAAUAUUUUAAAAAGAAUCGUUGGACAUACAUCAGAAGGAUAGAAAAGGAAGGGGCCUGCCACACAAGUUACAGCGACUUGACACCAGUAAAUUUAAAUAAAUGUAAACAGAGUACCUAGAAUGGAAUUCUGAGCUAUGCACCUAGUCAACUCUCUGUUCACACAAGGUAUGAUCUCCAUUCCUUUGUACAUCCCUCACACGCUGUAUGGUUGGAGCUCUGAAAGUAAACUCUGCAUGUUUUGGCUCAUUGUUGACUAUCUUUUGUGUACAACAUCUGUGUAUAACAUUGUACUCAUCAGCUAUGAUCGAUACCAGUCAGUCUCAAAUGCUAUAUCUUACAGAACUCAACACAUUGGGAUCUUGAAGAUCGUAGCUCUGAUGGUGGCUGUCUGGGUUCUGGCCUUCUUAGUGCACGGGCCAAUAAUUCUAGUUUCAGAGUCUUGGAAUAAUUCCAGUGUCAGAGUCUCGGAGAAAAAGGACUGUGAACCUGGGUUCAUUUCCAAAUGGUACAUCCUUGCCAUCACUUCAUUCUUGGAAUUUGUGGUUCCAGUCUUGUCAGUGGCCUAUUUCAACAUAUACAUUUACUGGAGGCUGUGGAAGCGUGGUAAUCUCAGUCGGUGGCAAAGCCAGCCUGGACUCACUUCUCCUACCCCUCCCAAUAACUGUGGACCCUCACUCAGGGGUGGACUGUUUUCAAGAACAUCUCUUCCUGAACUGAAGGAAACAGCAACAUCUGUUCCUUCGAAGAGACACGGUAGAAAGAGCAGUCUCUUGUUUUCUCUAAGAGCCCAGACAAAUAGCAAUAUAAUUGCUUCCAAAAUGGCUUCCCUCUCCCAUUGUGAUUCCCUAUGUCUUCACCAAAGGGAACACAUUGAACUGCUCAGAGCCAGGAAAUUAGCCAAGUCACUGGCCAUUCUCUUAGGUGUUUUUGCCUUUUGCUGGGCUCCAUAUUCUCUGUUCACGAUCAUUCGUUCAUUUCUUUCACCAGAGCAGCGUCCUCAAACAAUUUGGUAUGAAAUCACCUUUUGGCUUCAAUGGUUCAAUUCCCUUGUCAAUCCUUUUCUGUAUCCAUUAUGUCACAAGCAUUUCCAGAAGGCUUUCUUGAGAAUAUUUCAUGUGAAAAAGCAACCCAUACUAACACAAAAUCGGUCAAUGUCCUCUUAAAGAUGAUUUUAUCAUUUACAAAAAUUUUAGUCUUAAGCUCACCUACAUGAAUUUGAUCUGACAUUUAUUUUUCCCUUUCCACUAGACAGGGCAAAAUGAGAAAAGUCCAUAAUAUUGUAACACUUGCAAACUUAAAAGAAAAAUCAGAAACUGGAAGUCAAGGGAAAAUAACCAGAAAUAGACAACAAUCUUUUUUGCAAACUCACAGCCACAAAUGCACUGUACUUUUCUUACUCGUUGCCUCUUCCUUGUCUUUUAGAUCUUGAUAUAACAUUGAUUGCGAAAGUCAAGAGUUCUUGUUUUCUAUGUUCAGUGUUUGCUAUAGUGUUAAGUGAAUUUCCCUUUUAUUUUAUAGUGAUGAGAAAUUGUCAAGUUGUAAAGUCAUUUUUUCCUAAAGUAUACAAUAGAAGAAGGACAUAUAUUGUCCUCUUCGCUGGAAGUGGGAAGGCAUGUUGGGGUUUGAGCUGUCAGGAGCAGGGAGCCAGGGUGUGCCCAGAUGGAAAGGUAGAAGGCACGUGUACGUCCAGGCUCUAUGCUACUGAUUCCAGAAAAGAAGAAAGUGUGGAGAGGGAAGAGCAGGUAACUGCGGUUCUCAGAGUUCCUCAGAGGGCCUGGCAAUCAUAGGAUAAGAGAGUAAGUGAGAGACAAGAUCACCAACUGGUUGAAAGAUGGCUUUCCUUUUGUCCUUCCUGCCCUCUUCUUCCAACUUCCACAUCAGCUAAAACAUCUGUGAAAAAAUAUGUAAGAGAAAGGCUACGAGAUGGCAAAAGGACUCUAUGAUUAAACUUGAUGUAGCUGUUUAACAUUCUCAGAACUAAUAGAUGUCAAUAAUUAUUAAUAAAAUAUACUUCUGUAUUUAUUUGACGUCUUUAAUGUGUGUGUAGUGCUAAGAGUGAUUUCUUUAUGUGCCAUUAGUGUAAGUUAUACCUUGCUGAUGAGUCACAUUUUCUUAGUCUGGUGAUGUUUUAUUUAUUUAUUUUUUGUUAUUAUUAAUUCUUCUUCUUCCUCCUCCUCCUCCACCUUUUCCUCUUCCUUCUUUGUAAUAAAAUUUUAUUUUGAUUUCAUUGUUAAUUUCAUCUCUCCUAUAAGGUUUUAUUAGUGUUUCUUUGGUAACUUCUCAGAGUUCCUUAGUCAUUUCUGUAUUUUUUAGAUCUUUUAAACCUUGGUUAAUUUCAAACACUAAAAUAUGAAAAUCCUUUAAGUACAUAAAUGCUUAGAUAUGCCUAUGAUUUUUAUAUGCAAUUGUCCCUUGCAUUAAGUUCAAAAAUAGGAGACACAUGUUUAACAUUCAAUAGUAUCACCUCAUGCCAGUCACAGUGGCUAAAAUGAACAAAUCAGGAGACUACAGAUGCUGGCGAGGAUGUGGAGAAACAGGAAUCCUCUUGCACUGUUGGUGGGAAUGCUAACUGGUGCAGCCACUCCGGAAAAUAGUGUGGAGGUUCCUCAAAAAAAUUAAAAAUAGAUCUACCCUAUGACCCAGCAAUAGCACUGCUAGGAAUUUACCCUAGGGAUACAGGAGUGCUGAUGCAUAGGGGCACUUGUACCCCAAUGUUUAUAGCAGCACUCUCAACAAUAGCCAAAUUAUGGAAAGAGCCUAAAUGUCCAUCAACUGAUGAAUG